CUCCUAAAAAGGAGAGAGUUGUUAAGUUUAAUUUUUAUAAUUUUUAGUUCUGUUGAUAAUUUCAUAAAACAAUAAUCAAAUACAUUUUUCAGCAUUUAAGGAAACAUUUCAAGUUAGUACCAGUAGUGAUGCUGUUAACUAUACCAUUUAUUCUAUUGAUCGUAGUAAAAUAUGGACGUUUCGAUCAAGCAUUACAAAUAAACUUUGGCUCCAGUCCAUCCGAAGAGUGUACGCGUAUUAUGGGUGGCUAUACUUGCAGGUCGCAACCGAAAAAUGUAGGUGACGAUUUGAUACAGCUAAAAAUAGUGUCUCCUCGAACUAAAGGUUAUUGCGGUGCCAGCUUAAUCGCUUCGAAAUGGGUAUUGUCCGCAGCCCAUUGCUUUUACGAUCUAGACAACGGACCAUUCUUUGCUGUUAAAGUUAAUAACAUACAUAAGGUGAAGCCUGUUAAAGUAAAAGAAGUAUUUAUUCAUCCGGAAUACGAAACAAAACAUUACCGAAAUGAUAUAGCUCUUGCAUAUUUAGAGACUUCUUUGAGGGGCCCAUUUUUAAAAAUAAAUACGGUUAAGACAGAAUUGCCAUGUACAAUUGCUACAGCUAUGGGAAUGGGGAGACUUGGUACGGAUCCUUCGGCAAAGAAUCCCUCUGAACCCAUGUGUUUAAACGUAUCUAUGCUAAGCAUUCCUCACUGCUCAUUACUGAAUGGAAUUCCUACUAGAUUCAUGGAGAGGAAGUACUGUACGACCCCAGGAUGCUAUCAUGGUGAUUCAGGAGCACCACUUUUAUGUAACGAUAUACAGGUUGGUAUCGUGGGGACUACAGACAAAAAGGCUACCAAACCGGUCCUUUAUACAAGAGUAGACAUAUUUUAUGAGAGUUUUAUUCGGCCAGUAACGAAGUAUGAACUCUAAGUGGAAAAGUAAUUUUAAAACGAAAACUGUAGGUCAAAGAACACUUAAUUGUUUUUUUUUAUCUUGCUCAUUGUAUCUGUUUUAAUUUGUCAAAUAAAUAUUUUAUAUUGUG